CGGAGCCCCCGGGCCGGGCCGGGCCGGGCGCCCCCGCCGCCGCUUACCUGGCGGGCGGGAUGGCCAAGCCGCGCGGGGCGCCGUACGAGUACACGGAGGCGGAGGACAAGAGCAUCCGGCUCGGCUUGUUCCUCAUCGUGUCGGGCGUCGUGGCGCUCUUCGUGCUGGGCUUCUGCUGGCUGAGCCCGGCGCUGCGCGAGCUGCAGGGGCAGACGGCGCGCUGCACUGUGCUGUCGGUGCAGCAGCCCGGCGAGCUCUUCGAGUGCACCUUCUCGUGCGGCGCCGCCUGCCGCGGCACCGCGCUCUACCCCUGCCUCCAGGUCUAUGUCAGCCACUCCGCCUCGGCCGCCCGCGCCCUGCUGCACCACGACGAGCACCAGCUGCUCGCCAACCCCAAGGAAUGUUGGAUGCGAGUCACAGAACUGUUUCCUCCAUUCUGUUCUGCACUGCUGAGAUCCCAACUGUGUCUAGUUUGGGCACCACAGUUUAAGAAGAAUAUGGACAACCUUCAAAGAGUCCAGAGGAGAACAACAAAAGUCACCAGUGGCUUAGGAAACAUAAGAAAAAGGCUGAAAGAAUUUGGAUUAUUUUGCCUAGAAAAGAAAAAAGUGAAUGGAGAUGCAAUAAGUCUUCAGAUGUGAAAAGGCUAGUCAACAAAGAAGAAGGCGAUCAGUUGUUUUGUAUGUCCCCUGAGAAUGUUGCAAUUUAAGCCUACUUUUCUUCCUGUAAAGUUAAUAUGAAGAACUUCUAACUGAGGGUGAUUAAACACUGGAAUCUAGGGGUGCUGUGGAAUCUCCACCAUUGGAAAUGUUUGAAUGCAAAUUAUACAAACAUCUAUCUGGGGUGGUUUAGAUAGAAGAUGAUCCAUUUUGAAUACGGGGUUGGACAAGAGAACCUCUCAAGGUCCUUUCCAUUCCUGUUUUUGUAUGAUUCUGUCAUUGCUCAUCAUGCACAGGUGUCUAGUGCAGACAAAGCAGGAAGGAUGGAGGUGUUGGUGAAAGGAGUGGUAGUUUACACAGAACCUGCUGACACCAUGCGCCUGUUACCCGUUUUCCAUGUCCAACGUUUAUAAUUCUCUCCAUAGCUUCCCUGUGCAGUGGGAUUGCAGAUAAGAACUAUGAUGGAAGUUUUAAUUACAUUUUACUGUAAUGAUUUGACACAGAUAUCUUGGAGUAUUGGAACGUUGUAUUACAUUUUCAUUUUACUGAUGUUAAAUCCUCCCCCGAUUUUACACAGUACUAUCUUUCACAGUCUGAUGUGAUUACGAGUUCUAGAAAGCCUAAAAUCCCAGAUCAUUUUUAUCUGAAUGAAUUUUUGUCCGUAAGACACUGCAGGCAAAAUACCCGGGUGGCCUGCUAUGAAUUUUGAUGAGAUAUUUGCAAAUUAAAAUGAUGAAUGAAAUGGAAUGAUCCACUUAAUCAUUUUCUAACAGUGUUGAUAAUAAAAUGCCAUUAUUAUUAUCAUGUCAGAUGUCUUCCACUGAUGACAAAUUAAUGCUGGUUUGUUUGGUGUGUGUAUUUUUCCCUCUCCCCAUUCUCCCUGCCUUCUUUACAGACCAGAAGAUGUUCUGCUUAGGCGCACCCAUGAUGAGAUGGUCCUCUUGCACUGCUUCCUCUGGCCUCUGGUAACUUUCCUCGUAGGAGUCCUAAUUGUGGUCCUGACCAUCUGUGCAAAGAGUUUGGCUAUUAAAGCAG